CUGAACUUUCACCCCUCCAACUGGUUUAUUGUUUUGAUUUAACAGGUUGUCUUUUCGUGUGAAUUUAGCAAGUGACAAAACGGAAAGGAAAUCUUAAAACGAGUAGCACUCUUGAAGAUUUAUUCACACGCUCACAGACGUUGUAAAUAAUGUCAGUAUUGAUUAGAAACCGGCGUUGUUGUUGACAAAGAUGCUUUCUCCGAGAUAAGCUAACGUUAGCUGUGCGGCUAACGCAGCGUACGUAGCUUUGGUAACAACAUGACGAUGAUGAGGAGCGGUGUGUAGGAGCGACCGACCACACAUCGGAUCGCGCCGAUUUCCUGCUUGUCAAUCACAGAUUUCCAGGAUUCACCUGUCUUUGUGUCUGGCGAGCCCCAAAACUGCUUUCUCAACGAAACACAUAAAACCGGUGAGGUUUAAUUGAAGAGCGUUGGACAUUUGCAUCACUUUCUUUCAAUGGGUGAGGAAAAGCCGGACACGCUUGACUUUGUGAAGGACUUCCAGGAGUAUCUGAGCCAGCAGACUCAACAUGUCAACAUGAUAUCAGGCUCUGUCAGCGGCGUCAAGGAGGCGGACGAGCUGCCACCAGACUGCAGUCAGAACGGACUGGAUCACCCCUCAGUGGACAUGUCACUGGAGGACAGCUCAGGGAUCCUGGUGGAUGGUUUUGAGAGGACCUAUGAUGGCAAGCUCAAGUGCCGCUACUGCAACUACGCCACCAGAGGCACAGCAAGACUCAUUGAACACAUCCGGAUUCACACAGGAGAGAAACCUCACCGCUGCCACCUCUGUCCAUUUGCGUCUGCCUACGAGCGCCACCUGGAGGCCCACAUGCGAUCGCACACCGGCGAGAAGCCUUACAAGUGUGAGCUGUGCUCCUUCCGCUGCAGUGACCGUAGCAACUUGUCACACCAUCGCCGUCGACGCCACAAACUCCUACCAAUGAAAGGCGCCCGCUCGCUUUCCCAUAAGAAGAUGCUGAGUGUCCUACAGAAGAAGGCCAGCUCACUGGGCUACGGCCGCCGACUCCUCAUCAACUUCAGCCCCCCUUCGAUGGUGGUGCACAAAGCUGACAAUGUGAACGACUUCUCCCAUGAGCUGCCCCACUUACGCCAGGAGACAUAUGAUAAUCAGAGUCGCUCAGUCGAGGACGGGCACUCCACAAAUCAAAAUAACCAUCACCAUGACAUGGUUAUGGAUAACCCCUUGAACCAGCUGUCCACACUGGCAGGUCAGUUGGCCAGCCUCCCUUCAGAGUCCCAGGCCCCGACUCAACCUCCCAUGUCUCCAGGAGCAGAGUCUAUUGUCGACGAGAAGCCUUUCCUCAUCCAACAGCCCCACCCUGCCACAGCUCCUGUGGCAGUCUCAGCCAGCAUGGCCCAUGCUUCCUCCUCUUCCCCAAUCACCCCAGAGCCUCGGGCUCCUCCCCACAGCAACUGCAGCCCUGGAGGGGGACCCUGCAGCGACCACAGCGGGCGCACCAGCACCCCGAGUAUCUCCAACAGCCAACCCAGCACGCCAGCCCCAGGUCUGUCCGUCCCACUCCAGGACCCCCAUAUGCUGCAUCACUGCCAGCACUGUGACAUCUACUUCCCCGACAACAUCCUCUACACUAUCCACAUGGGCUGCCACGGCUACGAGAACCCAUUUCAGUGCAACAUCUGCGGCCACAAGUGCAAGAGCAAGUACGACUUUGCCUGCCACUUUGCCCGCGGGCAGCACAAGUAACGGAUGAACGUGUAAAACUUUGAAAGAACUUUUAAGGGACAGCUUUGUUUUAUUAAUACCAUAGUAAUUUUAUUUAUUGGUCUUUUACUUGGCCUUGAUGUAGCCUAGCCUUUGAAAGUUGUACUUAUAAAAGUCAACAUUCAGAUGGUUUCAUUUUGUAUAAUUAAAGGUGCCCAUUCAAGUGUAUUAUAAAAGGGAUGAUCAGUGUUCUCAACAGGUUGAGAAUUUAUUUGCGGUGGAGAGAGUUACAUUCAUGUGCUGUCAUAAAUCAGAAAAACAAAUUUCCUUUAGCCAAAGUAAUUAACCUUACUUAAUAUAGUGGGUUACCAAGUUCCCAAAAACUCCUUACAUUUUCUUGCCUUUAUUGCAGUAUUUUACAAUUUGUCCCCCUUUUUCAGCAGCAAAUUAUGUCCUCAAAGAAAAACUUUGUCAACAUCUGUUUGAUCUAAUAACUUUCAUCAGUUUU